AUGUUUCGAGAUAUUUACAGAAACUCACUCAAGAUAGAUGCACAGGAUGUUCACUUGAGCAGCGAUAGAAACAGCAGAGUCUUCCCAUACGACAUAGAUGUAGACAGAAUUCUCCCAGAAUCGUACAAAACUGCAAUUCGAGGCACAAAAGAAGAGAAAAUUGACAAGUUUUCAGAAGGCACUCUAUUCUAUGUAUUCUUCAACCACUGCGGGAAAAGAGUCCAAAAAGAUGCGUAUACUAGGUUAAUUAAACUAGGCUGGUUGUACAGUAAAGAGAUGAAGACAUUCUUGCAGAUCAUUAAAAGAAGUGGAGAGACCGGUCUUAUUCUGUAUUUUGACUAUUGCACCUGGAAAAAGGUGACAAAAGAGGUUGUACUUGAUGCAGCCUUUAUGAGCACGCUUGAAGACAAAGAUAUUUGA